AUGUCUAGUGGUCAGACGCCUGUGCGGGCCCAGGAAGAAGGGCCAAAACUAAGGGAAGAGAAACAUUAUCGAGACUUCUACCCAGAUCUAAAUCACUCCGUACUACUACCUGUAUUCACGGCCAGCGGCGAAGAAACGGCGCUUCAAGAUAUUGAAUACAAGGCACGCAUCAAUGCGCUGCGGCAGCUCAGCCGUGCCAGCGGCUCGCUCAAGCAGAUCAUCUACAAGAACAAGGUGACCGUGGAACGGCUGGGACCGCAGUUGAAGAAAACAUGUUUCAAACCCUGUAAGGUGAAGGUGACUCAGCUGAAUGGCAAGUAUCACGUACCUGCUGUAUUCCACAGGUACGGGUACCGCAGUAACGUGCAGACGCUCAACGUGGAUCUUGCCCGCCGUGCGUAUAUGAAGAAAACAGACGACUUACUACGGAAUGAGAACGAGUUCUUUGUUGAUGUAUCGCGAUAUUUGAGGGAUUUUAAGGUACAGUAUGAUAUGGAUGAGCAAGAUGAUUUGUAUCUACAGUAUUUAAACAGCGGUAAGGCGCGUGGAUCCGCAAACGCUCUUUCCGCUGAACUUUUUGAAAUUCUGAUAACGGCAUUGGAGAUAGAGUGGUUCUAUUUGGAACGCAAGAUUCCGCAGCGGCACCCCACGAACCAGCAGUCCAGCACGCACGAAUCUGAAGCCGCAAUAGCGCAUUACGAGCUAUACGGCUCGGAUGAUGGCAGUGGCAGUUCUGCGGACCAGUCCUGUGCCAUAUGCAAUGGAACAGAUUCUGACAAUUCGAACGCAAUCGUUUUCUGCGACGGUUGCGAUGUAGCGGUGCAUCAGGAAUGUUAUGGAGUUGUAUUUAUACCUGAAGGCCAGUGGUUGUGUCGUAGAUGCAUGAUAUCAAAGAACAGGAAAAUCAACUGCCUCUUCUGCCCCAGCAAUACUGGUGCAUUCAAGCAGACUGACACAGGCUCUUGGGGCCAUGUAAUAUGUGGAAUCUGGAUCCCUGAACUUUUCUUUGCCAAUCAGCACUAUAUGGAGCCCAUUGAAGGUAUCGAUAUGGUCCCGAGAAGUCGGUGGAAACUCAACUGUUAUAUCUGCAAGCAGAAAUGUGGCGCUUGUAUACAAUGCAGUAAUAAAAACUGUUUUGUGGCCUAUCAUGUUACUUGCGCCAAAAGAGCUGGUUUGUUUAUGACAUUCGGUGGAUGCACGGUGCCAGAAGCUGCUUCGAAAAACUUCAGACCCGGCGUGAAGCUAGAAAGUUUCUGCGAUAAGCACUCUCCUUCCGGGUGGGGCGAUUGUCAAGUUGGAAUACUAAAAACUAGACGUUACUUUGAGAAUAUUAAGGAGAUGGUCAUGCGCGGAAAUCAGAGGGCCACGAGCUCGGAGGCACAACAACCGCCAACGCGGAACAGGUGGAAGACGAACCGCGGGACGCCAAUUGCACCGCAACUCUUUGCUACGAUUUUAAAACAACUGCUGGAUAAGUUUGGUAUAGCAGAGGCAGAGCAGACAGCUAUUGAUAUAUGUAAGUACUGGUCGAUGAAGCGAGAAUUGAAAAGGGGAGCACCACUGGUCAGAAUAUUCGACCCCACCUCGUUCAACUCAAUGGAUUCGGCGGAUAUCUUGAAACGGGUGGCAUUUGCAGACGUACUUCUAAAUGACCUUGCGAAGCUCGAUGAACUGAGCACUCUGCUGGUGAGACGCCAGCAGGCGGCGCAAGCCCGCCUAGACGCUGUCGAUAUUAUAAACGAUUUAGGUUUUCAUCCCGUGAGGCAUCUUGUGCAGAAGAAUGUCACGACACAUUGGAGUACUAAAGAAUUCAUAGCUCUUAUGAAUUUUGAGCCUGCAUUUGCUGGAGUGCUCGCCAAAGUUGACUCUGAUCAGUACGACAGCAUCGCUUCAUUUUCACGUGAAGUGAGAACACUAUUCGAUCAGAUCGCGAAGGAAAAGGAUAUCCCAGUUGAACUUGUAUCUACAAUAACGGUAUGUCAGAGGCAGUUUAGCAAGCAGAUAGCCAAGAUUGAAGGUCUAGAUGUGCACAAACUGAUGUCACGCGACUUUAUUUUCGAAGGAAAGAAAAUAAGAGAAGUUGACUGGCAUGGCCCAAUUCUAAUGAAAGAGGAGGAGCUCAGUGAGGUCGAAGAGGACGAACUGACUCCUGCACAGGAACGAAUCCUUAAGUCGUUUCUGAGAUACUAG